AGCGCCAGCGCCACCGCGUCGCCAGAGCCAGACAAUGCGGCGCGUCGACGAUCUGGACGCGUCGUUAAAGCACCAACGAAAUACGCGCCGGAGCCGACAGCGUCAGCGUCGAAGCGUAAACGGAAUGACGACGAGGGAGACGAAGGGGCCGAGAAUGGAGAGGCCGAGUCGGAUGAGGAGAUGAGCGAUGCUGCCAGUGACGCUGCCAGCGACGAGGACCACGCUGCGCCGAAGCCGCGAAAGCCGUCGCAAACCACUCGCGCAAAGAAACCAAGCAUCAAGAAGCCCAAAAUCAACGGCGCACGACCUGCCGUGUCGGGGAACAUUGCGCGCAUUCCCAGCAGGCCCAAGAAGACUGUCCGCAUCGAUCCAGGAGAGAAAGGAACUGGGCUUUAUGCCGAUAUUUUUGCGUCCGGCGACUCUGCCCAGUUUGUUGCUCAACAAUGGCUAGAGAAGUACAAAGUUGGCGAUGCGGCUGCCUUGGGCGACCUCAUCAACUGCAUCUUGCGAUGCGCUGGCUGCGACCUAGAAGUAACGGUUGACGACAUUCGUGAUCCAGAGAAUAUUCCCAACCGACUACUGGAUCUGCAAAGUGUAUACCAAGAGCAACAAAUCGUCGAUUACCCGCUGAUUGCCAGGUCCAAGACUACACGGUCGUUUCGAGACUUGCUCAUCUCAUUCAUCCAUGCUCUCAUUUCUCUACUGCACGAAACCGAUGUCAUGUACAAGGAUGUCGACCUUGUUGAUAACCUCCAUGCUUGGUUGGCUAGCAUGUCGUCUUCGCCACUGCGUCCUUUCCGUCACACAGCGACUACCAUUUCUUUGGCAGUGCAAUCGACGCUUGUUGAAGUCGCCAGCAUCCUCGAUCGACGCAUUGCAAACAUUGAGCAGCAGUCACAGGCUGCGAAAAAGGGCAAAAACAAAAGCAAGACCGACGAAAUCCAACGUAGCUUGGCCGAAGCAAACAACAACAGGAAGAUCUGCAACGACUCUAUCCAGUCCUUCUUCGACACUGUUUUUGUUCAUCGAUACCGCGAUAUCGACCCGAGAAUUCGAGUCGAGUGCGUUGAGGCCCUCGGAAAUUGGAUUUGGGAUCUGCCAACGGUCUUCCUAGAGCCCGGCUACCUGCGCUAUCUGGGCUGGAUGCUGUCCGAUACUAACGCUGGUACGCGACAAGAGGUUUUGAAGCAGCUAGGAAGGCUUUUCAAACGCGAUGCACAGCAACUAGGUCACUUCAUUGACCGAUUCCGCCCUCGGUUGAUCGAAAUGGCAACGGGCGACGCCGACGUCUCUGUUAGAGUUACUGCCAUUUCUGUCAUCGACUCGCUGCGGGCCGCUGCCAUCCUUGAACCCAACGAGAUCGAUGCCAUUGGGAGACUCGUCUUUGAUAGUGAAAUCAGGGUUCGAAAGGCCGUUGUUGGAUUCUUCGUUGCCUGCAUUGAUGAUGUAAUUGAGGGCAAAGUUGAAGAGAUGGGCGGCUCCGAAGUCUUGGAAGAAUUGGACCUUGCUGGAGAAGGCAAUUAUGACGCUCCGAGAAAGGACUGGCUCAAUUUGAAGUCACUGGCCGAAACCCUCACCAUCUAUGACGCUCAGGUUGAGGAGUCUCAGCAGGCGGAAGGAUCACCGUUGGACCUCGACGUUGACUUGUUAGGCAACACUAUGCCGGAUACAAGAAUCUCUCUGGCUUCUCAGGUGCUCUAUGACAAAAUCCCAGAAAUUAAGACUUGGGAGAUCCUGGCCGGAUAUCUCUUGUACGAUCAUACGACAAGCACCAAAUCCAAAUCGAGAUCAAAGUCAAAGAGCAACCCGUCAGAAGAGGCUUUCAAGAAGGCUGUUGCACCUACUGCCGAGGAAGAAAAGAUUCUCCUUGACGUUUUGAGCUCCGCUAUCAAGUCGAGCUUGCUGCUGCUUGCCGACCAUGACAAAGGCAAGAAGCGUGGCCCUCGCUCUGAUGCAGCCGAAGCCCAAGAGGAACUGGCGCUGGAGUUGGCCACGAAUAUCCCAAAGUUGCUGAGCAAGUAUGGUGCGGAGCCUGAGACGGCGGCGAUUGUUCUUCGGCUGGAGCGUUACCUGAAGCUCGACACCUUCCAACGACUGCGACAAGAUUCGAGCAUAUACGAGAAGCUACUGGACGAGAUUAUUACGCAGUUCAACAGACACGACGAUAAGAUUGUCUUGACUGAGGCUGCGGCUGCUCUGCUGCACGCUCGCCAAUUCGAAGAGUUGGAGGAAAUGGCCGACAGCAAGCUGUCUGUUCUUUGGGAGGUCGUCAUCAACUCCCUCCGAAGCUUUGACAAGACUUGUGAGCUUUCCGCAAGAGGAAAUUUGGACGAAGCACCGCUUCGGGAGCUGUCUACUGUGUUGAUGAAGAUCAGCAAACUGGCAAGCAUAUCAGAUUGUGUCGACGUCCUUGAAAUUGCCCCAUCCAAGGGCGACUCAACGGCCCCCGCCAUUCAGAUCUUGAUUAACAUUGUGCACCGUGGAGAAUUUGUGGCCCUAACAGACGAGAUUGAUAAUUUGGAAGAUGACGUUGUUACUUUGGCAAUCAAGGUCUGCCAGUUCUAUUUCAUGUGGAAGACGCGCAAUCUAGCACAACAACUAUCUUCUGGCGCCAGCAUUGCAGAUGAAGAGCUUGAUAGCCUAUCAGUGUUGCGACAGACUUAUCGAAAACACUUGAUUGUGACCUUUUCAUCUCGAUCUUCCAUUGAUCAACUCCGCCUAUUUGCCACUGGUAGUCUCUGCGAUUUGCACUUGACAUUUGCAACAAUGCGUCCGGUGAUUAGCAACUUCCGCCCAUCAACUUCUUCUUCUCAAGCCGGCGGCGGCGAAAAGUUCAAAGUCUUGGUGCAGCAUAUCGAAUCCAAUCUCGUCUCUGAGCUCACAUCAAUAUUCGAUGGUGCUGAGAAAAUAUUUGCGAAAAAGGCCAAGAAAGAGAGACUGUUAAACGAGCCGGCGGAAGACGAAGAUCCAGUUGAUGAUGAGGAGUCGUCUGACGAUGAAGAUGACGACGAAGGUCUUUCGAAGGAGGAACGGCUUGCAGCUGAGCUCAAGGCUGAAAAGUCUUUGUGUGAACUGACUGCCAAAUACGUUCUUGUUAUAACAGCAAGCUUGAUCGAUCCCAAGGACAAUGCCGUCAACAAACUGAAGCGGCGGCUGCAGCGUAAUGAGACUAAGCUGGGUCACAACUUCAAAGAGGUUGUCGCCUAUCUUGACGAAGAGAAGAUGGCGAAGCGCAAUAAGAAGACUGCUACCAAAGCGGCGGCGGCACCAGCAGAAAAGCCACAAAAACCAGCCCUCAGCGCUGAAGUUGUACAUGAUGAAGACGAUGACGAUAACAUAUUCGAGGACAACGAGCCAGAGGAGGGUUCGAGAGAAGAUCUUCGUCGGAGAGAGUUGAUGGACGACCCGAUUGAGGACGAUGAGGACAAUGAAGAGCACGAAGACGCUGAAGUGCCAAAUCACGAUGCAGACGAUGACAUUCUUGGAGAUUAA